ACUUUUGGUAUAUUGGUAGAUGCAUUCUCCAAGGAGGGUAUGGUGUCAGAUGCACAGAAGCUGAUUAAAGAAAUGAUUAAGCAAGGCAUUGAGCCUGAUAUUUUCAUAUAUAAUGCAUUAAUUGAUGGAUAUUGUUUGCGUGGAGAAAUGGAUGAGGCAAGAAAAGUAUUUGAUUUGAUAAUUAACAAGGGAUAUGUUCCUGAUGUAUUUAGCUACAGCAUCAUGAUCAAUGGAUACUGUAAGGCCAGAAUGGUAGAUGAGGCUGUGAAGCUCUUUCACAAGAUGUCUGACAGAGGUUUAACCCCCAAUACUGUAACUUACAAUACUCUUAUAAUGGGCAUGUCCCAGGUAGGAAGGCUCUAUACUGCACAUGAACUUUUUAAAGAGAUGGUUGCUUGUGGUCAAGUUCCAGACGUAAUGACUUAUUCAAUUUUGCUAGAUGGCUUGUGCAAACACCGUCAUAUUCAUAAGGCAUUGGAAUUGUUUCAAGCAAUUCAAAGAAGUGGAUUUCAACUUAACAUUGUCCAUUAUACUGUUUUAAUUGACGGCAUGAUCAGAGCUGGACAUAUUACUGGUGCAAAGGAAUUAUUUUCUGGACUUGCUAUGAAAGGGUUACGUCCUAGUGUUCACACAUAUAAUAUAAUGAUUAAAGGACUUUGCAAAGCAGGAGCACCAAACGAGGCUUACGAGUUGUUCAGGACAAUGGAAGAGGAUGACUGCUUGCCAGAUAAUGGCUGUUAUAAUACAAUGAUCCGAGGAUUUCUUCAAAACAAUGAUAUCUCAAGGGCAAGGCAGCUAAUUGAUCAAAUGGUUGAUAAUGGAUUUUCUGCAGAUGCAUCUACAUCAGCCAUGGUAGUGGAUCUAUUACUGAGUGAUGGAAAAGAUAAAUCAACUUGUGGAAGAGUUGAUACACGUGAAGAGAUUACUGGAGCAGAUGUAAAGUGACUUCUUUUCUUCUCAUGGUUGCUGCAGCAAGUCCUAGGAUUUCAACCAUAGGGCAGAAUACUAAUUAUAAGUUUCCCUCUUUACUUUGAUAGUGGAUAUAGUUUUCUCACUGGCUUGAACUCUUGGUUUUCAAUUUUUAUCCUCUUUCCAUUUCUGCAUAAUUGUUCUUUCUAGUGUUUUAAUUUGCAUUCGAAUUCAAUAUGCUCUAACCAUUUGAUUGUCUUGAUUAAAGGGAUAAAGCAAAUACUGCAAU